CCAAAACCCGAAGUGCCAAGCAACGUGAGAGUGGCAAAAGGCGCCUUUCCAGUUUCCAUAUACUACUUUAAGCCCGACAGUUAUUUCUCACCACAGUCGAGUCGAUCUCAAUCUCAAUUUUUCUGAUUGCAGAGCCAAAUUCUAAUAUCCCUGGUUUAACACCGUAUAGGGGGUGAAAUUAAGAGCUCACUCUUGCAGGCAUGAAAACAGUGGUGGGUUCUCCUUCUUCUAGUAGUUCUUCAAAGAGAAAAUUGAAACCAAAAACUCGAGAAAUUAGAAAGAAUCAAAUCAAUGUCAUAGAUCACAUAUCGGAUGAUACAAUGUUUGAGAUCUUUAAUCAUCUUUCUCUAAAACAAAAUUUUCAAUUGAAGCUCCUUUCCAAAAAAUGGUACUCUCGACUCUCUAGCCCUAAUUUUAUUAACAGGACAUUGAACGUAUGCACUUUCUUUUAUAGACUUCGGGCUGUCCGCCGUCGUCGUCCUCGUCCAUUUCCAAUCGUAUUUUCCUUACAUAGUGAUUCCUCUGAUCAUUUCAUAUCUGAUCAACAACAUAUCCAUCAAGGGUUUUCUUUUGAAUUCCUUCCGAAAAGCAUGCGAACACAACUAUGUCUUUUAGGUUCUAGCUGUGGUUUGGUUCUCUGUCGUUGUUCACACCCAGUAAUAAAUGAAUACCAGUUCUUCAUUUGUAAUCCACUCACCAGAAAAUGGGUUUGGCUACCCGAUUGUGAUGAUAGUGUUUCUGACGAUGACUCUCAUGUUUUGGUAUGUGAAUCGCCAUCGACCUCAAACUCUACUCCAACAGCUUACAAAGUGGUCCGUUUACCAGAAAUAAGGAUAUCAACAAAGAAAUUCUAUGUUCGAAUAUUCUCUUCUGAUACAGGUAAGUGGAAAAAUUACAAGGUUUUGUGCUCAGAUAAAAUCACUAUGUUGUACGACCACAACAGGAAGGUAGUUGGUGAUCAAAAUGGAUGUUUGUAUUGGAUUAUAGAAGGAAAUAAGAUCAUGGUUUACGACCUCAAGAGCAAUGUGGGUGGUUGUGGUGAAUGCUACCUAAUUGAUUUACCGAAGAAUGAAGAAGAAGAUGAUCAUAAUUCAGUCACCGCAACUCGAUCAUGUCUUACUGAGUCAGAAGGGUUUAUCUUUUACUUGCGAAUAGAUGGUAGACAGAUGAAGUUUAGUGUUUGGUUACUAGAGAUGGAAAAGGAUGAGUCAAGUGAACAGUGGUCCUGGAAAUUAGUUCAUAACCUUGAACUGAUUAAAAUGUUAGCAGGUUAUGACUGGGACAACACGAGGAUCACGCAUAUGAAACCUUUAGGUUUCAGUCCGAUGGAUACAUGUCUUGUGUUCUUACAGAGCGAAAAAUACAUUUUAAUGUGCAACAUCUCUACUGGUAGAUCAGAAUUGCUUUCGCUCAGCUCUCAAUUCCAUGGUCGAUUAUCUUCUUAUAGAUUUGAGGUGUUACCGUUUCUGUCUACUACAAUGCCGACAACAAUUCCAGGAUUACGAGAAGAUAGUUCUGGAUCCCAUAAAGUUUAAUGGGUAUCGGCAUACUAUUUCGGAAUGAUGCAGGGCAAUUUGUGGGAGCAAUGGGAAGGUACAUACGUGCAAAUAGUGUAGCUCAAGCAAAAGCAUGGGGGUUGUAUGCUCUUCAAUGGGCAUCUUAAUUAACAAAUCAUCUAUUAAGAAGAUAAUAAGCAGUUGAUGAACUGGCUUCACGACACCACUCAGGUUGUUCACUGGCAGAACGGUCGUGUAUUUGCCAAGUCUGUAUGUUUGUUAAAGGUGUUGUUGUUUUGUUAUACUGUAAAUAGAGCCAGGAAUGCGGCUGCAGACAAGUAUGCGUUGUGGUCUUGUUAAGUAUUUUCAUAAUUAAGUUGGAAUUUCUUUGCUCA